AUGUCACUCGAGGUAAUUUACAUCACUCGCCAUGGAUUCCGAUCCAAUUGGCUCGUCGACCCUUCAACGGGCAAUUACACGGCCUCCAUCCCAUCGCCCACAGGAAUCCCCUCGGAUCCGGCCCUGACGGCACACGGCGUCGACCAGGCCAAGGAACUCGGCGCCCACCUCCUGACCGUCGAGCCUCCAAUCGAUGCCGUCUACUCAAGCCCCUACUACCGCUGUCUGCAGACCAUCACGCCCUUUGUCUCCCUCAAGGAGGACGAAAUCAACCAAGGCGCCCAAAAAGACGUUGGCGCUAAGAGCGAUACCACCGUUAUUCGCCCCGAGCAUGGUCUCUGCGAAUGGUAUGGAGCCGCCCCGUUUGACCACCCAACGCCGGCCUCGCCGGAUGUGUUGAAGCCCAGGUUCCGUCACCUCGAUGCAGCGUAUCAGAGCCGCGUGUUUCCCGCCCGCAAAGGCGAGACCAUCGCUGAAUUGCACGACCGCGUCGCCGCCGCCGUUCAAGCCAUCAUUGAGCAGUGCGAUGCCGAGGGCAAGCGCGCCGUCGUCCUGUGUUCACACGCAGCCUCAAUCAUUGCGCUUGGUCGGGUGCUUACCGGAAAUAUGCCCGAGAACAUUGAUGCGGAAGACUUCCGAGCCUUCACCUGUGGGUUGAGCAUGUACCGGAGAAAAUCACCGUCUUCUUCGGAACGAGCGUCAGAAACCGAUGGUCCUGGUCCUGGUUCUGAUGCUGGUGCCCCAGGAGAAACCACUUCUUGGAAAAAUGGUCGGGGAGUUGGAGGAGGGUGGGUAUGCGAACUCAACAGCGAUUGCAGCUUCUUGAGCGGAGGCGAAGAGAGGGGAUGGAGAUUCUCGGGCGACGAGUCCUUUUCCGCGGCCGAGAAGUCAUCGGAGGUGGACGCUGGCGUCGCGCUCGGCGUGGUGGUGGAAGGAAAAGUGAGACCCGACAAGGCCUCUCCCCACAGAGGAGCUGCAGGUCAUCAUCGCCUCUAG